AUGGAGGCCGCCGAGGAUAGCCCAUCGGAAAUCCAAGGCCAGGUCCAAGAAACCUCAAUCACAUGGAAACCUAACAGUAGUACAGACAAGGUUCUAACCUCAACAGAGAGCAAGAGGCAACGGAAAGGGUACCUGCCAUCAGAGUCCGUGAAGAUUCUCCGCGACUGGCUCUAUGAGCACCGGUUUAAGGCCUAUCCUUCAGAGGCAGAGAAACGAAUGCUGUCAGAGCAAACUAAUUUAUCAUUUCUUCAAAUUUCAAACUGGUUCAUAAAUGCCCGCAGACGCGUUCUCCCGGAAAUGCUUCAACAGGAUGUAAACGACCCUAACCACCUUAAAGACAAGGCCGUCGAUGAAGCCCAACAGCAGAGCACUGAUAAUUUUGUGCAGGUCAAGUCAGGGGCCAAACUUCCAGACAAGGUACAAUGCUUGCCUGAGUCCCUGCUGCCAGUAGGCCAGGAGUCAGAAGAGAGGCUUACAGAUCCGGAGUUUGUCCCAAGCCAGAAGCUAAUCCUAAAUGCCCAGCCAAAGAAAAAGGUCAAGAUUUCCACUAGUGAGUCCUUUUCUUCUGAAUCUGUGUGGCCAGAGGAGUACGAGGAUUUCAGCAGCUUCCACUUGCUGGUAGAUGCAGCUGUACAAAAGGCAGCUGAAAUGGAGCUGCAGAAGAAGCAGGAGCUGGAUCCAUGA